AAUCUGUCCUUAAUAUGCAGUUUAGAAUAAUGAAGAUUGUUCCAUUUUUAUUAAUAAUUUCUAACAUUUUACAUAUUUCCAUUGUAGAAGGUUUUGUUUGCCUUCCAGAUAGCUGUUCCAUGGUUAGAUGCGCGAAUAUACAGUGUAAAGAAAAUCAACUGAAAAGAGAAGGUGUUUGUGGUUGUUGUUAUAUUUGUGUAGAUUUAUUAGAUGAAGAUCAACAAUGUCCAAUUGCAUUGCUAGGAUCACCACCCCCUAAAGCCGAGUGUCGAGAAGGGUUGAUUUGCUUAGAAGGUCGUUGUCAGAAAUAUUAAAAGCUAAUUAUGUAAUAUAUUAAUGCUUUGAUAUAAUAUUAUGUAAGCUGUAAUAAAUUAUACUUUAUUUAUAUUUUAAAUGUUUAUUAUAAAAAAAAAUAACUGAGAAUGUGUGGUAGAAGUAUAGGACCUAUGCAUGGGACUAUGAGACACUACUACCUAUCAAUAUGUAUAUGUAUCUACGGUAUCUACUAUUGUAUGUUGGGUCUAUUAUCUAUGUGUUGGGUUGAUUUUCGGAGGGAAAUUGGUGCACUUAUGGUACCCAGUUAAUGUAUAAUGGUUGAUUUUAAUUAAUGUUUAGAACGGUUUUCUGUAAAUAAUAAUGAAAAUUGAACAAGACGAUUUAUUGAAAAUUGCUCAUGAAAAUUUAUGUAGAAUGGAAAAAUCGCCUCCGCGAAAACGUGCAAGAUAUGACUCUGAAACAGAAUACAAUUCUGUUGAAAAAUGGAGUUUACAGAGAAAGGAUGUAAAUUUAGAUGAAAUAUUUGAUUAUGGUGUAGCACAUUUGGGUGCUGAAUCAGAUGCUUUGACUGAAGGAAAACAGUGGGACUUCACUAAUUCGAGUUCUGUUGACGUUUCUUGUAGUUCUGUUGAUAUGACCGAAGAAGAUCGUUUAAAAGAGAUUGCUUUACUUGAGUCAACACUGCCUAAAGAAACACUUCAGAAGAUCUCUAAUGGUGAUUGGCAUAAUUUAUUAAUUAGAGAACCUAAUAGAAGUAUUACAGAUGACACAAAUUAUUUUGAGUCUUUAUCUGAUGAGGUUAUUCUUCACAUAUUUCAUUGGCUUCCAAAGAGAUUCCUUACUGAUACUUCCUUAGUAUGUAAAAGAUGGCAUCGGCUAUCUCAAGAUGAGAGCCUUUGGAGCAGAAUGGAUGUUUCUAAUAGAAAUUUACCUCCUGGAGCCAUAGGUCACAUUCUUAGUAGACAAGUUUUAAUUUUAAGACUUGCUCAGUCUGAAAUUGCCUUCCCUCCAAUUUUGUCAGGUGUCAAAGCAGCUUUAUCAGACUUUCGAGCACGUUUGCUGUAUUUAGACUUAAGUAUGGCUCACAUAUCAACAGAGAGCCUAGUUAUGCUGUUUAGUAGAUGUUAUCGCUUGAAAAAAUUGAGUUUAGAACAUGUUCAAGUUGAUGAUGAUGUUAUGUUGGCUUUAUCAUUGAAUACAGACCUUGAAAUUCUUAAUUUAGCAAUGGUGGAAGGUCUUCAACUUGAUGGACUGAAAUAUCUUCUUUCUAGCUGUCAGAAAUUACGUGAAUUAAAUAUUGCUUGGACUUAUCUGGAUUCACCUUGUAUUACAUACAUCUGCUGCAACCUUUGUUCUAGUCUUGAUAGGUUAAAUUUUUCUGGUUGCAGAAAAUUGUUAAAUGAUGAAAAUGUUAUGGAUUUAGUUGUAAACUGUCCGCGUUUAAGGGAAUUAGAUUUAUCCGACUGUACAGGUAUUACAGGGGAAGCUGUUAAACAUAUUGUUCGACUCGAAGACUUGAAUUUUUUAGCGCUGUCACGCUGUUAUCUCAUUCCUUAUAGAGCAUUACUACAAUUAAAGUUGAUGACUUCUCUUCAGUUUUUGGACGUCCACGGGGGUUAUAUUGAUGCCAAAGAACUGGAAGUGGUUCAAAAUGCCUUAGGUCCUCAUGUUACAAUAAAUAAGUUUAAAUUUAGUUCGGUAGCUAGGCCGACAGUAGGGCCCAAACGUUCCAGUAUUUGGGGGAUGAAAGUAAGGGGGUGAAUUUUGGUGCAUUUACCGUGAUUAAUAUAAUUAAAAUAAAAUGUGAUUUAAAGUUAAGUUUAACAGCGAAAAUUUCGUUAGUUUUAUUUUACAAACUGAGUAUUUUUUAUUUUAUGAUUUUGGAUAUGU